CUUCAAUAACCAAUACGCAAUCAUCAAAUUAAUGUUUUCAUAGGCAAAUUGCGAAAUUUCGCCAUGUAUAUGGCGUUUGCUUUGCCCAUGGUGAGGAGAAAUGCGAUCGCUACCGUAUUACAGGUGCGUCUAAGUAUCGAAUCGAAUUCUCCUUUACUCCGUCCGUCUCCCUCGUCAUCGUCGUACCUCAUCAGCCCUGGGCAAUUCAUGCCUGAUACCAAUCCAUGGCGGCGCCGCACUCUUUCGGACUCUUCUCAGUUUGUGCAAAAGACCUUGAGACAAAUCCUUCACAAAUCUCCACGUCAUACGGCUCUUUGGAUCUCGGCUCGUCAUAUGUGGCAAAAUUCUGACACUUUGGCUAGUGUAUUCUGGAGAAAGGUCUCCAACUAUCGAGAGGCUGUUCGACCGAUCAUUGUGGAGACUUCUAGUCACGUUGGAAAAUAUGGUAAUCCCGAUUACGUUGACGAUGGUUCAGAAGAGAACCUCUGGGUUGAUUACCACAGCUCUGUCCUCAGCAAGCGGAUUGGUCUGGAUCAGUAUCUGUCUAAUCAUGAAAAUCCACCCACUGCAUUGAUUAUUCUACGUCCAGAUCUUUACGUAGCCCACAGUUGCUUAGUGAAUACGCCUGAAGAUAUCGAUGAAGCAUUAUCUUUCUUAUCCACCUAUUUGAAGCAAAAUUGAAACUAACAAGCACCUUUCUGUCCAUAUCGUAUGUAAUAUUCCGAAUAAAUAGCCAUGUAUAAAUUCCCAGUAU